CUUGGCGGGCCCCUCCCCGCGCAGGCCGCAGGAGCGGGGCCGGGACCGGUCGCCGCAGUAAGGGCAGCGGUCUGGCUCCGCGGCGGCCGCCCUGACAGCCCAACAUGGUCGCUGCUCACGCUUCCCAUUCUUCCUCCUCCUCGGAGUGGAUCGCCUGCCUGGAUAAAAGACCUCUGGAGCGAUCCAGCGAAGAUGUGGAUAUUAUCUUCACCCGACUGAAGGAGGUUAAAGCCUUUGAAAAGUUUCACCCAAAUCUUCUUCAUCAAAUCUGUCUUUGUGGCUACUACGAAAAUUUGGAAAAAGGAAUCACGUUGUUUCGCCAGGGUGAUAUCGGAACAAAUUGGUAUGCUGUCUUGGCAGGAUCUUUGGAUGUUAAAGUAUCAGAGACGAGCAGUCACCAGGAUGCUGUGACAAUAUGUACCCUGGGAAUUGGAACAGCGUUUGGAGAGUCGAUUCUGGAUAAUACUCCCCGUCACGCUACUAUUGUUACCCGGGAGUGCAGCGAACUCCUCCGCAUAGAGCAGAAGGACUUCAAAGCACUAUGGGAGAAAUAUCGACAGUAUAUGGCAGGACUUCUGGCUCCUCCUUAUGGUGUUAUGGAAACUGGCUCUAACAAUGACAGGAUGCCUGACAAGGAGAAUAUGAGUGGCAGCACUCUCUGUCCAGCUUCUAAGAACUGUAAUAAGACAACCCUUAUUGAACCUCACAUCCCGCUUCGUCCUGCUAAAACCAUUGCCCAGGUCCCUUCAGAAAAGAUCCUCAGAUCAGGAAAGAUUUUACGGAAUGCAAUUCUCUCUCGAGCACCUCACAUGAUAAGAGAUCGCAAAUACCAUCUGAAGACAUACAGACAAUGCUGUGUAGGAACAGAACUGGUCGAUUGGAUGGUGCAGCAGACUCCGUGUGUCCAUUCCCGGACACAGGCGGUUGGCAUGUGGCAAGUUCUGCUAGAGGAGGGAGUUCUCAAUCACGUGGACCAAGAACAUUAUUUCCAAGACAAAUAUUUGUUUUAUCGAUUUCUGGAUGACGAGCAUGAGGAUGCUCCAAUGCCGACUGAAGAAGAAAAGAAAGAAUGUGAUGAGGAGCUACAGGACACCAUGCUGCUCCUGUCGCAGAUUGGACCCGAUGCUCACAUGAGGAUGAUUCUCCGCAAGCUACCAGGUCAGAGGACUGGAGAUGAUCUAGAGAUUAUCUAUGAAGAACUCCUUCACAUUAAAGCUUUAUCUCAUCUUUCUACCACAGUAAAACGUGAAUUAGCAGGCGUUCUCAUUUUUGAGUCCCAUGCCAAAGGGGGAACAGUGUUGUUUAACCAGGGGGAAGAAGGUACCUCUUGGUACAUUAUCCUAAAAGGAUCUGUGAAUGUAGUCAUUUAUGGCAAGGGGGUGGUCUGUACGCUGCACGAAGGGGACGACUUUGGCAAGUUAGCCCUUGUGAACGAUGCACCACGAGCAGCUUCCAUUGUCCUGCGUGAGGAUCAUUGCCAUUUCUUGCGGGUAGACAAGGAAGAUUUCAACAGAAUCCUGCGGGAUGUUGAGGCGAAUACAGUGAGACUUAAAGAACAUGACCAAGAUGUCUUGGUGUUGGAGAAGGUCCCAGCAGGAAACAGAGCUGCUAAUCAAGGAAACUCACAGCCUCAGCAAAAGUACACUGUGAUGUCAGGAACCCCGGAGAAAAUUUUAGAGCACUUUCUAGAAACUAUGCGCCUCGAGUUAGCUUUAAAUGAAGCGGCAGAUUCUGUUGUAAAUGACUUUGUUAUGAUGCACUGUGUUUUUAUGCCAAAUUCUCAGCUUUGCCCAGCCUUGAUGACCCAUUACCAUGCUCAGCCUUCCCAGGGUAGCGAGCAGGAGAAAAUGGAUUAUGCCCUUAACAACAAAAGGAGAGUCAUCCGCCUGGUUCUGCAGUGGACUGCUUUGUAUGGAGACUUGCUACAAGAGGAUGAAGUGGCAUUGGCCUUUCUGGAGGAGUUUUAUGUAUCUGUAUCAGAUGACACCCGGAUAAUUGCAUCCCUCAAAGAGCAACUACCAGAGUUGGAGAGAACAGUCAAGCAAAUUUCAGAAGACUCCAAGGCACCCCAGAAGAAGCACAAAGUUCUUCUGCAACAGUUCAAUACAGGAGAAGAGAGAACCCAGAAACGCCAACCAGUCCGGGGGUCCGAUGAAAUUCUCUUUAAGGUUUACUGUAUUGAUCACACCUACACAACUAUUCGGGUGCCAGUGUCAGCAUCUGUGAAGGAAGUAAUCGGUGCUGUAGCAGACAAACUGGGCUCUGGCGAAGGACUCAUAAUUGUCAAGAUGAGUUCUGGAGGAGAAAAGGUGGUGCUCAAACCUAACGAUGUUUCAGUAUUUACAACUCUUACUGUUAAUGGACGCCUGUUUGCGUGCCCACGAGAACAGUUUGAUUCACUGACUCCCUUGCCAGAACAAGAAGGCCCAACCACUGGAACCAUAGGAACUUUUGAACUGAUGAGCUCCAAAGACUUAGCAUACCAGAUGACAAUUUACGAUUGGGAGCUCUUCAACUGUGUGCAUGAGCUGGAGUUGAUCUAUAACACAUUUGGAAGGCACAAUUUUAAAAAGACCACAGCAAACCUGGACUUGUUCCUGAGAAGAUUUAAUGAAAUUCAGUUCUGGGUCGUCACUGAGAUUUGCCUUUGUUCCCAACUCAGCAAGCGUGUUCAGCUCUUAAAGAAAUUCACUAAGAUAGCAGCCCACUGUAAGGAAUACAAAAAUCUGAAUUCAUUUUUUGCCAUUGUCAUGGGAUUAAGUAAUGUUGCUGUGAGCCGCCUUACACUUACCUGGGAGAAACUUCCAAGCAAGUUCAAGAAGAUCUAUGCAGAGUUUGAAAAUUUAAUGGAUCCAUCAAGGAACCACAGGGCCUACAGACUAACCAUAGCAAAACUGGAUCCACCACUCAUUCCCUUCAUGCCCUUACUUAUCAAAGAUAUGACAUUUACUCAUGAGGGGAACAAGACAUUCAUUGACAAUCUAGUAAACUUUGAAAAAAUGCGCAUGAUUGCUAAUACUGCCAGAACCGUGAGAUACUGCCGGAGCCAGCCCUUCAAUCCUGAUGCAGCCUUGGCUAAUAAGAACCAUCAGGAUGUCCGGAGUUAUGUACGACAAUUAAAUGUGAUUGACAACCAGAGAACUUUAUCACAGAUGUCACACCGAUUAGAGCCUCGACGAGCAUAAAAGUUUAACUUAAAAAAAAAAAUCAUUUGUUUCCAGUCCAUGAUCUGUUAAAAAUGCCACUUAUGCUGCUACUGCACUGCCAUUCCUCCACACAAGUGAAAAUAUACUCUGAAAGGUCCUGGACAUCACAUGGAACCCACGCUAUGACAUGAGGGGGAUAUGUUUGAUUUGUAGAAGGUUCACACAGUUUAGCUUCAGGAAUUUCCAGUUUGUAUACAGCUGAAUUCCUUUAGGAAUUUUACUGUCUUCCUUCCAAUAAUUAAAAAAACAAACCUGUAAAAUAGACAGAAAUACCCCUGGUGAAAGUGCAUCAGAAACACCCACUGUUCCCAAGUGAUUGGAGGGGGAAAGGCUCAUUACAACUGGCAGGGGGAAUUUACCUGAGAUAAGUUCAGCAGUUACUUUGUUAUAUACCUAUUGUUUUGAAUGCAAGAGGUUAGUUGGAGGGAAAAAUUUCAUAUUUGACUAAACCGGAGGUAACAAAAGCAUUCUUUUGUCUUCAUAGAAUCACCCUGAAGGGACUUGAUCAUGCGUUUACUGUACAACAUUGUGGCUCUUAAUGUAACUUUAGAAGGAUUGGUCUGUAAUUUUUGAAUAACUGGAGUAUAUUUACAUUUACAAUGUAACCUUUUCUCUUUCCUCUUACAAAUCAGGAGAGCGUAAGAAUUCCAAUAAGAACUGAAGUUAAAAUCUUUAGCAUCAUGGUAGCGAGCGACUUGUUUAAAAAAGAGCACAAUAUGCACAAAACGUUUUUCAAAAUGAGAGUAUUUUCCUGGGCAUUAAAAACCUUUACUAUCAGCUACAAAAUGUUGUUACUGGUUAAAAAAGUACAUAUUUUCUGGACUUAUACAUUAUUAUAAAUACCUUAAUUUUCAGCAAUUAUUUUGCACUUUCAAGUAGAUUGUAAAUAGAAAUGUUUAUUCAAUUAAUGUUAUAGAGUAUUUAUUUGGUAUGAAAUAGGUAUUGUGCCAAAAUAAUUACUUUUAUUUAUUUUUAUUUAGCACGUAAUCGGAAUAUAAUUUUCCCUGGUUUCAUAAUUGAGCUGCGUUUUAUGCAAAAGAAUUGUAUGAUGUAUGUCUUCUGUAAAUAACUUCCAGGAUCUUCAUUAAAUGUAAUUGCUGAAAAGGA